GGAUCAGGACAUACAAGUAGCUUGUUCACUGACAACGAAGACCAGGAAGAAGCAGGAGGAGCAGAAGAAGCAGGAGCAGAAGAAGAAGAAGAGGAUGAGUACAAUGAUGAGGAUCAACAUCAUGAUGAACAGAGGGACGAAGAGGAUGAUGCUCAUGGGUCAUCCCGUCGAAGCCAGCACCCCAAAAUCACUGCUAGUGAUGAGGAGGAUCAUCAUCGGAGACGUUAUCACCAUUCAGAACAGAGGGAUGAAGAGAAUGAGGCUCAUCAGUCAUCCCAUCAAAGCACUCCAGGGCCAGCCUCUAGUGACGAGGAUGAUGGACCUCUGCACCAUUGACAAGGAGAAAUCAGACAUGGAGAAUGGGAUCUGGAUGAUGAUGUUGAUGGGAAUAACAUUCGCAUUCAGGGUGUCCACACAUCAAGAGAUGUCACAUUGGGGGAGUUCAUUCAAGAAUGUAGUCAACUAUGGAUGGAUCAGAAUGUUUCAACAAGGAGCAUCGCACGUUGUGGAAAAUCUGGGAAUGCUGAUUGAGUUUGCUACUACGUAUCAGCCGAUGAUGUCAAUGCAAGGUGGUAUUAAUAUCCAAGCACCUUUCAAAAUUGUCAAUCCACAGAAUGGCGAGCAUGAGGGAACCCCUUCAGUUUCCAUCCAGGAGUAUGCUGUGCUCUAUGAAAUAUUCAUCCAAUCAGCAGCAGGAAGUGGGCAGAGUCAUCAGAUGAGAAAGCUAACAGAGUUGAUCCCUAGUGAAUAUGUGGAGCGAUUGCUAGGAGAUUUCAGUGAACGACUGGAGUGCCAUUCAGAUGGAUGGGGGAUCGGGCACUGUUUUCUGCUUCAGUGUACUCCUGGUGAUGAUGUCUUUGUUGACGUUGCACUCGAGCUGUCUGUGAAGGAGGGAGCAGUUAUGUGGUGCUCUGACGGCCAUGCAGUCGUGCUACAGAGACUACUGCAAAUGCAUCAGACUGAAGCCGACAAGUGGAUGUGUUUCGGAUGUCACAUCACAACACAUACCACACCACUCAGACAAUUCAAUGCAACCUUUGUCCAGAUGUACACAACCGAUAAAUGCCUUACCUAUGACAUGCAGGCAAGCAAUAAUGCCAAGUUUGUUACAGCAGUUAAUCUGAUGAAGAAGUCAAAGUACACAUACAAUGAGUUUCUUGGGAAAUUGUAUGGUGUCUUCGCAGAUGCAGCAUGGCAUAACAAUGUACAUGCACGGAUUGAGGUACGAGUCCCACUGGCUAAUGCGGAAGAUGUGUUCGCAGAUGUUCCAGUUUGGCAGAAUGAAGAGCACAACACAGACAUGCGACACCAUUACUAUCCAGUCAUCCUGACAUGUCUCGUCGCAUUUAUGGAAGAUCAUCACAUGAUCCUUCCAUGCACACGAAAGAGAGAUGGGACAGAUGAGCCAGGACCAUAUGCAGAGGGAGGACUCUGGUGGAUUCCAAGCAGUGUGAUUGCAUGGCCAACAUGGAAUGGAGGUGGGUGCACGAGGAAAGCCAAGGGUCGACCUGAGGGGCCAAUGCUGAAGACAGAAAGGCUAGCUCGACAGAUAGAAAUGCCAGAAAAAUCAUAUGACUACGGGCCCGAUCUGCCACCACAGGACCAGAUAUAUGAUGAACAAUAUCUGGAGCAUGCCGGGACAUUUCUGAAUCAAGUACUACAGCAAUAUGUGUCUGACAUGCUGCAGAAGGUUGGACAGGCGAAAUGUGGAUGGGAACAUUCUCCUCUGACACAGAAUGAAUGGCGGAUGGUCGACAUCCGUAUCAUGAAAGAAAAUGAUCUUAGAGGAGUGUUGACACAUGCACGAAUGCAUGAAGGAACAGAGAGCCAGUGGAAUUCACUGUUUGACAACAUCUUCUGGACUCUGAAUGAACUGAACGCUAGGAAACAACGGUCUGCACGGAGUAACUGGGGAAAGAUGAAAUCAAUAAAGAUGUGGGAAGGAUUUGUGCAUGAUAUGUCUUCUUCACGACAAGUGGAAGAUAUGCGAAGAGCACUGAAGAGAGCAUUUGAUGAAUUCCUGUGUGGCCACAUGCCAGCAUUGCGGAAUGUCGAGGAAUGGGGGGAUAGGGAGGAUGAAGAGGAAAUCAUGUCGAUAAUUGAGAGGGAAGAAAGAGAGAAGCAAAAAGAGAUGGACACACAGGAAAGAGAAGAUCGCAUUCUCCGAGAGCACAGAGAAGAAGAGGAAUCCUUGGAGGAUGAAGUGGAGCCGGACAUCAGAAGGCAAAUAACAGAUGAAAGGGAACCGAUCACUAUGGAAGGGAACAGAGGGAUGCUACUGGGGGAGCCCAUUGUGUCACCCAGUCAGCAUUGA